AUGGAGCAUCUCGAACUCAAUACAUAUGCUGAAGUCUAUGAUUCCUACGAUCCAGGCAAGGCUACGUUAGCGGAUUUGACGAGACACCACCAGGAAGAAAUUCAGGCUGAGGUACCGUCGGAUAGCCUGCGCACGGCAAGAGAAUCACCCGAAUUGCAUUCCACAAGUCCCAACGCGCUCGUAAAUGAGGCCCAUCUCGCUCCAGUAGACCGCGGAUUUUCUGCAUGGGCAAUGCUGGUUGCGUCUUGUAUAGUGGAACUGUUUGUCUGGGGAUUCCCGAACUCUUCUGGUGUACUCCUUGCCGCAUACCUCAAGGACCCGGUAUACAGCUCGCAGAAACAUGCAACGUCCAUCCUGCCGUUGGUUGGCACGCUCUGCACGGGCAUUAUGUACUGCUUAGGUCUUGUCAUCUACCCUUCAAUGCACUAUUACCCUCGCCUUCGCAGGGUGUAUACCUGGUCUGGAACCACCAUCUGUUUCCUCAGUCUACUUGGAGCCAGCUUCACCAGAAAUGUGACGUCGCUGAUUAUUUUGCAAGGGGUGAGCUUCGCGGUUGGUGGCUCUCUCGUAUAUCCCCCGGUCAUCUCGUACAUGUCCGAAUGGUUUGUGCAGCGUCGAGGCUUGGCGAACGGAAUUCUUGUUGCAGGUGACAACACUGGAGGUGUGCUCUUCCCCAUCAUCAUACCCGCUCUUAUUUCGCGAUUCGGCAUCAUGGUGACCACGCGCAUCUACGCCAUCGCGCUCGCGGUGUGUUUGCUGCCCGCGCUCCCAUUCAUGAAGGCGCGCCUGCCUGAGUCGCGUGUGCACGGUCCAGCGCCGCGCUCGAACACACGUUCGUGGGUGCGGGAAAGCAGGUUCUGGUUCUUCAUCACGAUCAACACGCUCCAGGGCUUCGCGCACUUCGUGCCCCUGACCUGGCUACCGACAUUCGCGACCGCGCUCGGCCUCACGACCGGCCAGGCCUCGCUGACGCUGACACUCGUGAACGCCGCAUCCAUCUUCGCCGGGUUCGGGAUGGGCUGGCUCAGCGACCGGUACAACGUCCGGGUGCUCGCGAUCUUGUCGCUGCUGCUCACCUCGUUCGCGACCUUCGUGCUCCUCGCAUAUGGCGUCGCGUAUGGCAGCACCGCGGGUUGCUGGUCGAGCAUGUGGAACGGGUUCGUGCGGCCCGUGGCCAAGGACGACCCGUCUCUUGCGACGACGAUGUUCAGCUUCCUGCUGCUCAGCCGCGGGGUCGGCAACAUUUUGUCCACGCCAAUCUCGACUGCUCUACAGCACGCGAAACUUGCGAUUGCCCAGUCGGGCAGCACCCCGAAGACGGGCUUCGCAGUCGACAGUGGGCGGUACGACGCUGUGAUUAUCUAUGCAGGCACGUGUUUCGCGGGUGCAGCUGUUGUCGCGGCUUUGGGCUGGUCUCUAGACAAGAAACGUAACGCGAACUGA